AUGGACAAACCCACAGUUCGACCAACUCCAGGCCCGCCGAAUCUUCCCUACUCCUUGUGGGAUCGCAAAUGGGCCAUAACAUUUUUCUGGACUCUCACGGCUGCGUUGGGCGGAGUUGCUGUCGCUGAAUAUUUCUACAGAUUUUACACUCUGUAUAGGAAGGGAUCGGUCGUAAGGCCACUUAAUGCCCGGCGAUCAUGGCUGGACUUCUUCCAGAUCAACUUCACCAUAGUAUGGCUGAUCCUGGCUGUUGAGCUUAUUAUCGGAACUGUGCAAGAGGAGCCAUUUAUUCGUCUCCUAGCAAUGCCCUUGCCCACAGUUAUGUUCUACUUCGGAAUAGUGCAUUUGACGCUCGACAUCCUCCGCGCUCAAGGAUACCAAGCGCCAUUCCGCAUAUCUUCCACGCCCAAAGGCUCCGUAAUGCCGACCGCGUUAUACGUUUUGAUAGAAGAUAUUGUUGCGGUAGAUGGCGCGGGAGGACAGAAAUACCGACGAGCGCUGCGGAACAGAUAUCUAGCAAGCCCCUAUUUUCGACAGAUGCUCUUCGAGAUGAAUUGCUUCUGGGGAGGCGGAUCGAUUAUCUUUGCCACAGUUACGACCAUAUUAAUAUUUACAACACCAAGAGAUGUUGCCUAUGUGCUGGGAUGGAGUCUCCCACUCCUUUGGGCUGGAGUAUGGACCCUGAUUACGAUUCCCUGGGUACAGGGAGAUCUGCGGAAGGAAAAGGCCGCCUGGGCAGAAAACGUCACUCUAGAUACAGAACCAUACACCGACAACAUCCUGGGUCCGAAGCCCAAAACCCGCCUCCUCUCCACAUCUGGCCGUCUAUUUUCCAUGCGCCCUUUUCAAAAGCCCGGCUCGAACAACACGGAUGAGCCAGCGAAUCUGUCUACCACGAGAGAAGAAGUUUGA